AUGGUUAAUUUUACUGUCGAUGAAAUUCGUGGUCUGAUGGACAAGAAGAAGAACAUCCGAAAUAUGUCUGUCAUUGCUCAUGUCGAUCAUGGUAAAUCAACAUUAACUGAUUCACUUGUAUGCAAAGCUGGUAUUAUUGCUCAACAAAAGGCUGGUGAAAUGCGUUUUACUGAUACACGAAAAGAUGAACAAGAACGAUGUAUUACAAUUAAAUCAACAGCUAUUUCACUUUUUUAUGAAUUACCUGCUAAAGAUUUCGAAUUUAUUAAACAAGAACGUGAACCUAAUGUAUCUCAUUUUUUAAUUAAUCUUAUUGAUUCACCAGGUCACGUUGAUUUUUCAUCAGAAGUUACUGCUGCUUUACGUGUUACCGACGGUGCUCUUGUUGUUGUUGAUUGUGUUUCAGGUGUCUGUGUACAAACUGAAACUGUUCUUCGUCAAGCUAUUGCUGAACGCAUUAAACCAAUUUUAUUUAUGAACAAAAUGGAUCGUGCUUUACUUGAAUUACAACUUCAACAAGAAGAUCUUUUUCAAACAUUUCAACGUAUUGUUGAAAAUGUCAAUGUCAUCAUUGCUACCUAUGGUGAUGAUAAUGGUCCAAUGGGCGAAUUACAAGUUGAUCCAACAAAAGGUACAGUUGGUUUUGGUGCUGGUCUUCAUGGUUGGGCAUUUACAUUGAAAGAAUUUGCUGAAAUGUAUGCAUCAAAAUUUAAAAUUGAAGUUGACAAAUUAAUGAAACGAUUAUGGGGUGAUAAUUUUUUUUCACCAACAGAAAAGAAAUGGUCAAAAGGUGGUGGAGAAGGUUAUGUUCGUGGUUUUUGUCAAUUUGUUCUUGAUCCUAUAUUUAAAAUUUUCAAAGCUAUUAUGGAUUGUCGAAAAGAUGAAUAUACACAAUUACUUGAAAAAUUAAAUAUUAAAUUACAAGGUGAAGAUCGUGAUAAAUUAGAAGAAGGUGGUAAACCACUUUUAAAACUUGUUAUGAAACAAUGGUUACCAGCUGGUGAUGUUCUUCUUACUAUGAUUGCUAUUCAUUUACCAUCACCUGUUGUUGCACAAAAAUAUCGUGCUGAACUUCUUUAUGAAGGUCCACAAGACGAUGAAGCAUUUUUAGGUAUUAAAACAUGUGAUGCAACUGCUCCAUUGAUGAUGUAUAUUUCAAAAAUGGUACCAACAUCGGAUAAAGGUCGUUUCUAUGCUUUUGGUCGUGUCUUUUCGGGUGUUGUUCAAACAGGUCAAAAAGCACGUAUUAUGGGUCCAAAUUAUGUACCAGGCAAAAAAGAAGAUCUUUAUGUUAAAAGUAUUCAACGAACAAUUCUUAUGAUGGGUCGUUAUACUGAACCAAUUGAAGAUGUACCAUGUGGUAAUAUUUGUGGUCUUGUUGGUGUUGAUCAAUAUUUAAUUAAAACUGGUACGAUUACAACAUUUGAAAAUGCACACAAUCUUCGUGUCAUGAAAUUUAGUGUUAGUCCUGUUGUACGUGUUGCUGUUGAACCAAAAAAUCCAGCUGAUUUACCAAAAUUAGUCGAAGGUUUGAAACGUUUAGCUAAAUCCGAUCCUAUGGUUCAAUGUAUUAUCGAAGAAUCUGGUGAACAUAUUGUUGCUGGUGCUGGUGAAUUACAUUUAGAAAUUUGUUUGAAAGAUCUUGAAGAAGAUCAUGCUUGUAUUCCAAUAAAAGUUUCUGAUCCAGUCGUAUCAUAUCGUGAAACUGUAUCUGAAGAAUCAGAAAUCAUGUGUCUAUCGAAAUCACCUAAUAAACAUAAUCGUAUAUUCUUAAAAGCUCGACCAAUGCCUGAUGGUUUAGCAGAAGAUAUUGAUAGAGGUGAUGUAACACCACGUCAAGAAUUAAAAGCACGUGCACGUUAUUUAAAUGAAAAAUAUGAUUAUGAUGUAAAUGAAGCACGUAAAAUUUGGUGUUUUGGACCUGAAGGCACAGGACCAAAUGUUUUAAUGGAUUGUACUAAAGGUGUACAAUAUUUAAAUGAAAUAAAAGAUAGUUGUGUUGCUGGUUUUCAAUGGGCUACAAAAGAAGGUGUACUUGCUGAAGAAAAUGUACGUGGUGUUCGUUUUGAUAUUCAUGAUGUUACACUACAUGCUGAUGCUAUACAUCGUGGUGGUGGUCAAAUUAUUCCAACAGCUCGUCGUGUACUUUAUGCAUCAAUGCUUACAGCUAAACCAAGACUUUUUGAACCAGUUUAUUUAUGUGAAGUACAAUGUCCGGAAGUUGCUGUUGGUGGUAUUUAUGGUGUAUUAAAUCGUCGUCGUGGUCAUGUUUUUGAAGAACAUCAAGUAACUGGUACACCAAUGUUUAUUGUUAAAGCUUAUUUACCAGUCAAUGAAUCAUUUGGUUUUACUGCUGAUCUUCGUUCAAAUACAGGUGGUCAAGCAUUUCCACAAUGUGUAUUUGAUCAUUGGCAAGUUAUGAAUCAAGAUCCAUUUGAUCCUACAACGAAAAUUCGACAAAUUGUUAAUGAUAUUCGAAAACGUAAAGGAUUAAAAGAAGCAUCCAUAGAAUAUUAUUCACAUGUUCUAUGUUAUUCAGUCACAUGUGACUUUGAAUUGAGUGAAUGUGGAUGGGAAUUAGGUUCGAUAUGGCAAAUUUUCCCGUCAGGUAGUACACCUGAAACAGCAAGUUCUGGUCCAACUAUGGAUCAUACCACUGGAAGUGGUAACUAUGCUCGUUUUAUGGCUACUCUUCUAUCUGAAUCUGAUCAAUUUGGUGUCAUGAGUGUGAAUACUGUUAUUCAACAAUCUACUGCAUUCUCAUUUUGGUAUUUCAUGCAUGGAACUCAAAUUGGAACAUUAGCAUUAAUUGUCAAUGAUCAAACACUAUGGGAAAAAAGUGGUCGACAAGGAGCACCAACAUGGUAUCAAGCUGAUGUUACUUUAUCUGCUGGUGUUGAUGUUAAUAUCACAUUUGUCGCUAAUAGAACAGGUAGUGGUCGAUCAUCUGAUAUUGCAAUUGAUGAUAUUGUUUUGGAAGGAGAACCAAUGUCUCUUAGUACACGUACAACUAGAUCAUCGUCAACAACAACACCUCGAACUCGAUUCAAUGCAAGUUGUGAUUUUGAUGUUGAUAAAGAAUUAUGUGGUUGGAAAAGUGAUACAAAAUAUGGUUGGAAAGUUAUUGAUCGAAGAGAACCAAAUAUUACCAUUGGUCCAUCUAGUGAUUAUAGUAGUAUUACAAGAGCAAUUGUUGAUGGUAAAAUAUGUAAAAUUCCAUAUGAUGAGAAUGGUACUCAAUAUUAUUGCAUGCCGAAUAGUAAUAAAAUUCAAUGUAAAGGAAAUGACAAUAAAUGGAUAGACUGUCGAAAUGGAAGUUUUCUUCAAAUUCGAAGUGGUGAAUUUGAUCAAGUAGGUGAACGUUCACAAUUUGAUUCUCCAGUAUUAGAUGCAUUAUCUGAAGAAGGAUGUGUUCAAUUUCAAUAUAAUAUAGCAGGUACUGACAAUGAUCGAUUGAAUGUUUAUGUUAAAGAUUAUUGGAGUGGUAAUCAAUCCUGUAUGUGGCAUAAAAAUGGAACAACUGUACCGAACCAAUGGAUAACAGCUGAAGCACCAUUGAACUUAGAGAAAGAUGGAAAAUAUCUAAUAGUGUUUGAAGCAAGAAAAGGAAAAGUUGGUGGAAUGGGUUUAGUCUCGCUUGAUCACAUUAUUGUCUCAUCUAGACCAUGUUCUGGUACAUAUCCAGUUGAAGAAUGUUCUUUUGAAGAGGUGAUAAUGGAAACAACCAUAAUGACCAAUACAGAAGGUCUCGAAGUAACAACGGCAGCAGCAACUACAACUACUGUAUGCUCAAUAUGUACAUCAUCAGCAACGAUAACAUCAUCUUCUACAGCUACACAAACUCAAGAAUCAACAAACGAAACAGUGACAACUCAGGAUGGAGAACAAAUUCUACCAACAACCAUUCCCAAUAAAUCAAAAAAUCCACCGAUUUUAGCAAUUGUUCUUGGCGUAUUAGGUGGUGUCGUUGUUAUUUCUGCUAUUGUUGCCGGAUUUAUUUGGCGUUCUACGAUACUAAGUCGUCUUGGCAUCAAACAGUCUAAUCGCAUAAGUAUGACUCCAACUUAUCAAUCGACCUCAGGUGGCACUGUUCAAAUGGAUGGGACGACAAAUGAUAGUACACAUCCAUGA